AUGCUCACACUUUGGUCGUCUUUACUUGCUCUCAGUUUAACGGCGGUGUCGUCGAAGAAACUUCCGGAUAUCUACUGGAACUCGACAAAUUCGCUGGUUGAACGAUUUGCUGCCAUCGGUGACUCGCUAGAUAUCAUCUGCCCUUACUACGAACCCGAUGUGGAUCCAACAGCUACUGAACAAAGCAUCAUUUACAGAGUCACUGAAUCUGACUAUGAGACUUGCACAUUGUCUCCAUCGGCAAGAGAACUCGGCCGAUGCAUUGCACCGAUGCGAAGGGACAAAGUGAAGGUGUCAUUUCGAUUACUCAGUCCUAAUCCGUCAGCGCUCGACUAUAGACCGGGACACACUUAUUUCUUCAUAUCCACAUCGACGGGAACCCAGCGCGGCUUGGAGAAUCGCUUUGGGGGACUAUGUGCUAGCCAUCAACUCAAGAUGGUCAUUCAUGUAACCGACAAAGACGGCGAUACGAGUCAUAUUCAUCGAAUUCACCGAAAACCAACUACGACAACCACGACUACCACGGAACCACCUCCACAGCAGCAAUGGCCUUCCGAUCCGCUGUGGGGUGAAUUCUUCGAAAAGGUGGGACAAGGCGAGAAUAUGUGGCCUACCGUAACCCGAGGAGAGCGUGUGCCAUUAGAUGGAGGAAGCAGACGACACGAAUAUGAAGCUCUUUCCCUUGGCGAUGAAGUGGUGUUCCAAAUCCAUGAAAUUGGAGAUGUUGAAAGCCUUUUCUCGUCGGGACCGACACAACCAUCCACCACAAUGGUUCUUAUUCUUCUCACAGUACUCUUUACAUUGUGA